AUGGCGCCGGGAUCUUGGGCUCCCGCCGCAGCCCGCGGCCUUGCUGGCCGCCGCGUCGGCCCUGUCCUUGCCAGCGGGGAGGUCAAUGCUGGGACUGGGAGUGGGGGCGCGGAGGAGGAGCGGCGGGGCCGGGCUGGCGUCCAUGGACGCGGCUGCUCGCAUGGCGCUGCUGCUGCUAGGCAGACCUGGCUCUUGCCGUUCUUGGGACACCAUGAGAUGUGCGAGCUGCGAGUGUGCAGGGAAGCUAUCCGGGCGGGUGGGGGUAUUUGUAACAGGGGAGGAGAGCGAGUUCGCGAGCAACGACAAAGACGAAGCAGGGAGGGAACAUUUGGAGGGAGGCGCGGCCUCAUGUGGGACCUGCCACCCUGA